AUUUUUUGUUCCUUGACAAAAUAGGAAGUUAGUGAUACUUCACCUGUAUUUUGACUUGAUAAGUCUAUGAAAAAUUGUGACAUGGCAUGCGGGAAGUUUGAGCAGGACAAGCUCAAUGAAAAAAAUCUCAUUCCAGGAAUAUAUGUAUAGAUUGCUAAAUGUUGAAGGGGUUUCCGUCCAUGACAAAACCUACCCAAAACCAGCGUCUCUGUGGAUCCAAAAGGAUUCCUUAUUUUCCCAAGAGAGUUGUUAUUGUCAACUCAAAAAAAUUAUUUUAAAAAAAAAAAAAAAAACUAUUAACGAACUUGAUCAUACUAUAUAACAUCGCCAUUUUCACUUCCCGAGUCAUCUUGGAAUUAAUCCAACCGGUGCAGCUUGAUGAAUCAUGAUCAAACCCACCCAACAUGUAGCUGACACGUAUAGAUUCUGUUAUAUAAAAAGGAACACGGUCUACCAAAAUUGGUGCUACACGGUUGAAAUUUCCACAAACUCUCCCUAAAGUAGGAAAUAUUUGUGUUACGCGUUCUGCUCAUCCCUCCUCCGUAGCAUUGUUUCUCUCUCUCUCUCUCUAUCUCUCCACCAUUAUACCACAAAAUAUGACAACUUAUGGAACUAUUCCAACAGCUGCUCCGCCAUCAUCCAACCUCGAACUCAUUUCACAAGCAACACAACGAAUCCAAGCCAGCCUCGGAACACGAAGACCAUGGAUGGAGAUGAUCCAACCACAUUACCUUGCACUUCCAUCCACAUUUGGACAAACCGUCGACAGGAUCAAAGCAAAUGCAGCUUUCUUCCGCAUGAACUAUGCUAUUAUCACAUUGUUCAUUCUCUUCGUAAGCUUGCUCUGGCAACCCAUGUCGUUGGUCGUUUUCAUCAUCAUGAUGGCUGCAUGGCUGUUUCUAUAUUUCCUACGCGACGACCCCUUAAUGGUUUGUGGCCGUGUGAUUGAUGACCGAGUGGUGAUGAUGGCCUUGUUGUUGUCUACAGUUAUAGCACUCUUCUUUACAAAGGCGAGAAACAAUCUUUUAGUGGCUCUCUCUGCUGCACUUGGGGUUAUAGUACUUCAUGGGGCAUUGAGGGAGACUGAGAAUUUCUUCUCUGAGGAUGAGCAAGGGCUUGAUUCGGUUGUUGGAGGCCCUGAUGAAGGGAAAAUACUGCCUCUAAGAAAUGCAGCCUCUUCUUCCUUCUCUUCGUCAUAGUAGUGAAUUCGAAAUGGUUGUGACGGUGUCGUGUCAGUCUAUAUAUAUAUAUAUAUAUAUAUAUCUAGAAUCACAAAUCAUAAGGAUUUCUUGUCAAUUCUUUCUCUUUGCAUUGAUUAAUUUAAAAUAUAUUCCUUUUAGUGUAGAACAUGUUGGCAUUGUAAAUUAAUGCAAUUAUUGGGCUACUUAUGGGGGUUAAUGGCCUUGGUCUCAGUUGUUGAAAUCCAAAUGAAGUGGUAAAGAAAGAGGGAAUUGAUAGGGCUCCUCAAUGUAGACCGGGUUCUUUUAUGUACAGUAACUAAGCCAUCCUACAGUAAGGAAAUCAAUCUGGGUUUAAGCGAUUCUAGCACAUAUUGACCACAGAGGAAGCCUUAGAACGGGAUCAAAUCAUAGGAAUUUCACUUUAUGGGAUUUGGCUGGGGAAGACUUCGUUGUUGUUCCGAUGCGCUUAAUUUUUCUUCGACAUGAAUUGCAAAGUUGGAGUUAGGAAUUAUUUAAGUAGCUUGAAGCUUCUAUUUUACAUUUGAAGCCAAAAGAGUUCAACUACUUUUAAUGUGUAAUGGCAGCGAAUUUUAAACUCAGUGACAGAAUUUUUGUUCAAGUAUAUGUAGUGCAAUACGAAUUUAGAGCUGCCUUCAACAAUAUGUCUGACAGGUUUUUUGAUUGGCCGAUACAGGGCCAUAACUUGCAGCAAGAAAAACAAUGCAUUGUGCUUGCUGAAACUAGAAUAACAUGAACAAAAAUCAGUGAUUUUGAUCACUCCUGAAAAAAGCAAAAGGGAAGGCCAGUAAUUGCAGUGAAAUCAACCUAGUUGUUUUAACACCAAUCUUGUAACUGUCCAACCCCAUUAAUAAAGACACCUUUUCAUGCAAAUAGAGAUUGGAUGCUUGUCAGAAAGCUUUGUCCUUUGAUAAAUUGUUCAUAUAACUAAGAAUACAUACCCUGUUCCUGGAAUAUCAAGUUGAACAUUAUCAAACGAGACAAGAGCAUAGAUGCCGUCUCUUACAGUGAAAAUCACUCUGAUGGCAUUUAAUUUCAAACGACAACUAAACAAGAGCGUACAAAACGAGAAAUUCCUAUGUGUUUCUGCAUUAGUUCAUUAAAAAAAAAAAAAAAAAAGCGAAAUUAAGUAGGUAACUUUUAUAUGCUCUUUUCCACCAAAAAUGCAAUAUACGAGUGAGAAUUGUAGAGGGUCUACAGAAAAGUGGAAGAGCUUGACAAAAUGUUUUUGUCAAAGUGUUAAAGUUAGAAAAAAGAAAAGAAUGAAUGGAUGACCAAGCAGAAAGAAAGCAUAAAAAAAGAAGGGUGGAAUAUUGGAACUCCACCUCAGGAAACCCCACCCGCCCAAUCAAUUUGCCAUUUUGAGUGACCUAGAUGGAAUUUGAUGCUGCUACUUAUACUGACACCAUCCACAAGGAAAAGUGAAUCAUUUUUAAUUUUUUAUUUAUUAUUAUUAUUUUUUUUUUUGUGAUUACUUUUUGGUGGGGGGAAGGGAAGCUUUUAAAAAAAGAGCUUUUGAGGAACUUGCCUGCUUUUCAUGUUUUAAAUGCCUUAUCCAGAAAGUCAUCACACAGUAAUGUUAUUGUGAAUUGGUCAAAGAGCACAGGGUCACAAUGCAAACUAAUUGGUUAAAUUAUAACUGCGACAGGGAAUUACAAUUCAAACCAUGGGCGAAAUUCAAAAAUAUAAUCAUUUCCAAAGCUCCGUGAAUCCAUUGAUCGUUUCUUUUAGGUCGCUGUUUUUGAAUGUUUUGACAGUUAGUAUCAUCUUACAAAUCUGAGGAUGAAAAGAAGGAAGAGAACAAAAAACAUAGGUAAUGGAAAGAAGGAGCCAAAAAUUUAUGUUUGAUAUAUGAACAGUACAAUCGAAUAAAAGAGAAAACCCAUCAAAUCCAAUACAGAAAAAAGAUUAAGACACCUAAUAGUACCAACCGGAACGAAUGCUAAAAAGAGAUGGCACAGAGGACAGUAGAGAGAUUGCUCUCCGUUAGCUCCAUUCAAUAUUCAUCAUCCAAAUGGGCAGAGAACAGAUUACAAAUGAUGAUGAUGAUCACAAUUUCUCAUGAAUCAAUCAUAAUCAACUAAGGCUGCUUUUUUACAGUUAUCAAAACCA